CUGCCUGUGUGAUCCUCGUGCCUCUUGUUUGAGGCCUCCCUGCACCACCUGACUCGCUGGUAAGCUCAGAAUCGAGGGGCACAGCUCUGACUGUGUUUUUGUUGGGACAUUUCGGACACUCGCUAUAACCCUUGAUUACCGGUUUUGCCCUACUGGAUUUGAUUCUGAAGUGAUUAUGAGCACUUUGACCGGUCUGAGGGCCGACUCGGCUCAGUUCAYUCUGAAAGGAGAGCCCUUCCUCAUCCUGGGAGGCUCUGUCCAUUACUUCAGAGUCCCCAGRGCCUACUGGRAGGACCGGCUGCUGAAGAUGAAGGCCUGUGGUCUCAAUACUCUCACAACAUACGUGCCAUGGAACCUACAUGAACCUGAGAGAGGAGCUUUCAACUUCCAGGAUCAGCUGGACCUCAAGGCAUAUAUCAGUUUGGCAGCGGACAUAGGUCUGUGGGUGAUCCUGAGACCUGGACCUUACAUCUGUGCUGAAUGGGACUUAGGUGGAUUACCCAGCUGGUUGCUUCAGGAUAAAGACAUGCAGUUGAGGACAACUUAUCCUGGAUUUGUAAAUGCAGUCAACGUGUACUUUGACAAGCUCGUCUCUGUUGUCAGACCACUGAUGUUUGAACAUGGAGGACCAAUCAUUGCAGUUCAAGUUGAGAAUGAGUAUGGUUCGUAUGCUAAAGACGACAAAUACAUGCCACUUAUCAAAAAUAGCCUCCAGUCCAGAGGGAUCAAUGAGCUCCUGAUGACUUCAGACAACUGGGAAGGCUUGAGUUAUGAAGGGAUGGAGGGAGUUCUGAAAACAAUAAAUCUGCAGAGACUGUCAUUUGGAGCCAUCCAGCACUUGGCCUACAUGCAGCCCCACAAGCCUCUGAUGGUGAUGGAGUACUGGUCUGGGUGGUUCGACGUUUGGGGAGAGCAUCAUCAUGUGUUCCACGCAGAAGACAUGCUUGCUGUUGUGUCCGAAAUCUUGGAGCGAGGUGUUUCCAUUAACCUCUACAUGUUCCACGGCGGGACCAACUUCRGCUUCAUGAACGGAGCGAUGGACUUUGGCACCUACAGACCUCAGGUCACAAGUUACGAUUAUGAUGCUCCGCUGUCUGAAGCUGGAGACUGCACUCCCAAAUAUCACCUUCUGAGGAAUCUGUUCAGCCGGUUUCACUCUGAGCCUCUUCCUGAAGUUCCCCUACCUCAAGAGAGGAGAGCUUACCAGCCUGUUUUAAUGCAGCACUACCUUUCUCUGUGGGACAGCCUUCAAUUCACAGACAAGCCAUCCAGGUCAGAGAGGCCAAUAAACAUGGAAAACCUACCAGUCAACAACAACAAYGGUCAGUCAUGUGGUUACACUCUGUAUGAGACCAUCAUCAGCAGAGGUGGAACACUUAACUCUCAGAACAACGUCAGGGACAGAGCGCUGGUUUUUGUGGACAGACAGUUUGUCGGGUGGUUGGACUACAAGAGUCAGGAGGUCACGCUCCCUGACACUGAGGUAUAGUGGGAGACAUUGUGUUGAAUCACACACCACUGAGAGGGUUCACCACAUUCUGCUUAGAUUUAAAGCCAAGCUUCAUAAAAAGAUUAUCGAAUUCAGAUCAGUGGAAAACUGACUUCAAGUCACWGUCUGUCCCAGGAUUCCUCCAGGCCACACUGUGUGUGGAUGGUCCACCCAAAGACACUUUCAU